AUGAAGUUGUCCGGUUUCGCAUCCUGGGCCUUGCUGGCUGUCGCCGCAUCGGCUUCACCCACCCCGACGAGCCCUGAAGUCCAUCUCUUGAACAAGAGGGCCGCCAUCACGGAUGCGGCAAACAUUGGUUAUGCCACUCAGAAUGGCGGAACAAAGGGUGGUGCCGGAGGAACUACUACCACAGUGACGAACCUUGCUCAACUCUCCGCUGCGGCAAUUGCAUCCGGCCCAGGAAUUGUGAUUGUGUCAGGAAACAUUGUUGGCGCGGCGAAAGUCCAAGUGGGCUCUGACAAGACAAUCGUUGGCAAGACGGGCAGCUCCCUAGAGGGCAUCGGCCUCACCAUCCUUGGCCAAAAGAAUGUCAUCGUCCGCAACAUGAAAAUCAGUAAGGUCGAAGCAGACUACGGCGAUGCCAUCACCAUCCAGCUGUCAAAGAACGUGUGGGUCGACCAUUGCGAUCUGUCUGCUACCCGCGAUGGCGAUAAGGACUUUUACGAUGGGUUGACUGAUCUUUCCCACGCCGCCGACUGGGUCACAAUCUCCCACACGUAUUUCCAUGAUCACUCCAAGGGUUCUCUCGUUGGUCACUCUGAUAGCAAUGCCGCUGAGGAUACGGGAACUCUCCAUGUCACCUAUGCCAACAACCACUUCUACAACGUCCGCAGCCGCGGUCCUCUGUUGCGAUUUGGCACUGUCCACGUCUACAACCAAUUCUACAACACCAUGGACACUGGUCUUAACACCCGCAUGGGCGCACAAGCUCUCAUCCAGAGCUCAGUCUUUGAGAAUGUUGGAAAGAAAGCCAUCUUUAGCGAGUCCAGCAAGGAAAUCGGAUAUGUUGUCGCCAUUGAUGUUGUACUUGGCGGUGAAAGCCAGAACACUGCAUCAGUUGGCACGCUAAAUGCUAACAGCCCCCCUUACUCCUACUCCCUGCUUGGUUCUGCCAAUGUGAAAGCUGCUGUAACCAAGGAGGCGGGACAGACUCUUGGAUUCUGA